AUGGAUUUGCAAAUAAUACCUACAGCAGAUGGCCGCGCUGGCUUGGCUGCACAGGAACACUCACAACAGAGUAUAUCUCAAUCCUAUGUCCCAGGGGAUAACACUUCGAACAUCCCUAUUCUUGACCCACACAACUUUAGCAAUCUGACUCUCGAUGCAAGACUCCCCGGUCAACCUUCGCAUGUGAGUCUGUCUAUGCUUGAAGCUCUGGUACCAACAAAGACUGUAUUCUUCCCAGUCUCAUCUACGCCCUACUGGUCACUCGUCGAGUUCUCCGUAAAGGAGGUUAUUCUAAGGGUGCUAUCUGAUAGCCUUGGAUCAUUCCAAGAGGCUUGCCGUACGCUUGAGCUAUUUAGCAAUGAGGUUAGAGAAUUCCUCAGAAAACGUAAUAACUCGGAGCCCGCAUCUCAUACGUUGAACGAAGAAUCAGUUGCUUACGGAUGCAAGUACCUCCACUCCAGAGGGCUCGAGAAGUAUUCAGAACCCCUUAAGGAAUAUGCAAGACGUAUUAAUGACUGGCCGCUGGAUAUCGAUUUUAGCGACCUGAAACUCGAACUUCUCCCAGAAUCCUUGGAAUACAAAGAACCAACUGUCGAGUUCUUGCCUGAUCAGCAUCAGGAUUCGCAUGCUAGGAGAUUUCAGAACUCAACCGCCAAGCGCGUCUUGUCCCUCUCAACAGAAUCGAUCGCUAUUUCCGUCAAGAUCAUGAAAGCAGCCUUCUCUGAUACUUGCAAAUUCUUUUCAACUGUCGAGUCCUUUCGAUUACCUGCUGGAGUUGUCGUGGUUAGUCCCGAGGGCAUAAAGAAACUCCUCGAAGGCGGCAAGUAUACUAUAAUCAACCCACCCUUUCCAGCAUUCUCUGAGUUACACCAGUUCAUUAUAUGCGACAAUUCUCCUAAGCAUCCAACCUCUUUGAUGGCUGACUUCCCUACUAGCCAGAAUUCAACGCAUCUUGGCCACGAGGGAACGCGCCAACCUUCAAGACCUUACUCGACAGACAGUUCCGAUUCUCGACUACACACCUACUCGAAUACAAGCUUCUUCGAUGAUGCGAUUUCAUACCGUACUCGGGUCGUAGAAAGAGCACUAGAGGAUAACCUCAUUCUGCGCAGCUCCCUAGCCGACAAUACCAGUUCCAUUUCCUUGCACCCUAAGCUACUGCUACAGCCUCGGAAGGAUGCCAAAUGCCUUUUACCCGGAACUGGAGAUAGGGAGGCGAGAGAAUUGCACCAGAAGGGACAUAGGGCACUUCUACACUUCUAUCUACCAGCAGGUUACUCAGUUAUAUCCCCGAGCGGUUACAAGAUGAACUUCGAUACACCUCACACAAGAGAGAGCGACGGAGAAAGCUUGCCUGGCCGUGGUGGGGAGUAUAUAGUUGUACCACCCGAACACGCUGUCCAUGCUGAUAACUACAGAAGGGUAAAUCUAGCGACAAGCGACAUAGCCUGGAUUAAUUUCAAAGAGUCUGUGGUUGUGUUCCGUGAUGGGAAAAUGCUCCCCCGGACAGUCGGAACAGGCCUCCAUCGAUUGUCGAUACGGAACGGUGGGUUGAGAAUAACCUGCGAGGAUGGAGAGUAUGACCUAACCAAGGCCCUGAGGAAUCCGGAUCCCCAUUCCUUAUUUACAAUUAAAUCUGUCCCGAUCUACACCGUUAAGAACGCAUCGAAACAAGCCGUGGCAAACCCUCCUACUCGCAAUGAUGCUACUCAAUACACCGCCCAGAACAAUAUAGAGAUGGAGGAAGAUGAUGAGAACAGUUCAUAUGGCCCUUCAAAUACCGCUACAUCAGCGCUAAUAGGGGCAUCACAGGAUCGAAAGCGAAAGCAACCCUAUGACGCGAUCGAGGAGUUGCCGCAGAAAAUCCCGAAGACCGGACCUAGAGUCUAUCCACUAGCUCAGUCAGAAACUCCAGAGACUCGAGAGACUCGAGAGGGAAACACACAGAUCAUUACACCUACGCCCCCAAAAGAGCCUCAGCUUCAAGUCCAGCCUAAACCCAAAUUUAGGUAUGAAAAUAAAGCUCAGCUGAAGGCCCGUUUGAAGGCCCAGCCAAUGGCUCAGAAACAGCCUAGAUUUGCUGGGGUUACCACAGAGAACGCUGCGAGUCUAGUGAGAAGCGUAGAGGUAGAGUUGCAGAAAUCCAACACCGUACCUCAUCCAGAUGCUACGACUCAAGAAGAGGUGCUUGCGCAGCCUCAGGAUGAAGAACAGACUCAACCAGAAGUUCAGAAGAAACGUCCAGUACGUAUUGUCUUAACCAACAAGAAGGUCGCCACGCCCGCUACACCCAAGGAACAGCCUGGCACAAGACGAAGCUCAAGCGCCAACAGUCAACGAACAUCAGCCGGAAACUCCCAAGUUCAGACUCAAACCCAGGCUCAAGCUCAAUCUCAGGCUCAGACACAGUACCCAGCUAAGUCCCAAGCCGGACGACGACCACGAGGACGCCCUGCUAAGAAGGCCCAGAAAAUCGCCACCUCAAACAACCCCCACGACGAACAGUCUGCUGCAGUCCCUAGCCAGCCUGUCGCCAAUAAAGCUUCAUCGCUCGCCGUCCCUCAAGCUCGACCCCAGGCCGAAACUCCGUCUUCGCGAAAGAACGCCCAAAGACGUACUUCUGUGCCUACCCGGCGAUCGUCACGCCUCAGCGGCGGUCGAGAGAAUCUCGACACGCAGCCCGAGAAAUGA